UUCAAAAAUGGCCCAACAAAAAGAUACUCGGAGUCCCUUUUUCUGCAAAGCAAUUUAUCUUCUUCACAUGAUCUUUGUAACGGAAUCAAAUGGAUGGCAGGCGGAAACACAAACUUGCAACCAAGUUUACUUUGCCGAAAGCUUAGAACCAUUGGGAUCGUUGAAUAUAAACAUAGCGAAGCAAGUUUGGGUCCGUUCAAUCAUCGAGUGCGGGCAACUUUGCGGAACUGAUGACUUUUGUGAGGUUUUUCUACACAGCAUUAGCGAAGAAAACGAAAACUGCCGGCUGCUAAAUGGAAUACCCGAAAGAGGACAGGGAUUGAUUGAAAAUGACAGGAAGAAGUGGAGAUUGUACAUUUCGAUGAAGGCAAAAUGUGAAAUGGAUAAAACGUGUCAAGGUCAAGGUCAAUGCAUGACGGAUUGCAACCAGCCAGAUGUUGUCAAAUGUAAUUGCUAUGAAAACUAUUAUGGCAAAAAUUGCGAGAAAUAUUACGACUACGAUCUGAACUUUCCCAACACCUCUGCAUACACACCGAUCGAUGUGGGAUACAUAGACAAAAGCUUAAAUGAGUUUACCAUAACAGUAUGGGUUCUUUUUAACGUUGGCUAUACAAGUUAUCCACUGAUCUCGUACAAAAGAAAGAAUUCAGCACAAAACAUCGCGAUGUAUUUCGACCUGGAUGGAAAUGAUGGAUCAACGAUAGCAAACUUAACUGUUAAGGCAUUUAACAAAUCUGUGAGCACGUUGACAAUACCUAUAAACGACGACAAUUGGCAUCACAUUGGCUUUACAUGGUCAGGUGUAACCGGAAGUAUACUGCUGCUCAUCGAUGGCGUGUUGUGGGCAACUCAAAAUGUCCCUAUGAGCAGCGAGAUACCAUCUGGAGGGAAGUUAACAAUUGGAGAAACAGAAAGUGAUAGCGGAAGUCAAUAUCUGGUUGGUAAGAUCAGUCGUAUAAACAUGUGGAGUAGAGCAUUAGAUGGAAAGGAGAUUGAAAUGAUGGCAAAAAGUCCUGGGAUGAAUGACGGUGAUUUGAUCACGUGGUAUAAACUAAAGUAUAUUGUGUCGACUGUAAGGAUCCUUCGUUCUUCAAAAGUAUCGUUCUCAGGUAAUAUGACGAACUAUUUUAUACGACUUCCAUCGACAAUGGUCCAUUAUCCUGGACCACCACAGCCCAUAAAUUUCAUAUCUGCCUGUGUUUGGUAUUACGGAAGUGGGAGCGAGAGCACUGAAGUCUUUUCAUACAACUCAUCAAAGGAAUUUAGAUUUCUCUUAAAGUCAGGAACACAAAUGUCCACUAAAAUCAACGGUCUUUCGAGUCAGAAGCAGGUUCCAACUUCCUUCAAACAUUGGCAUUUUCUCUGCUUAAAAUGGAAUGGGAAAAAAGCUUGGGUAAAGUAUUUCUACGACGGCUUUCAAGUCGAUACAUCUGUCAAUGAUGUCGCAUUACAAAUAACCUUACCGGAACGGAAAUAUUUCCUUGUUCCUCUUUCAAGUAACGGUAAAAAGUUUACACAACUGAAUAUCUGGGAUCACGAGAUUUCGAGCAGCAAUAUUCAAGUCAUGGUAUCAGGAGGGUUCAAUAUUCACGGCAACGUGUUGGCUUGGAGCAAACUUUUACAAUACGCUUCUACCGGCGAUGUAAAAUGGAGUGCUGAUAUCUAUGUACCAGGUUACACAGUUUUAAUGAAGCGUAACAAAUGGUGCAGAGAUAAUCUCUCUGGGACACCCUGUCCUGGUGAAGAGCCGGUUGCCAGACUGGGCGGCCAAAACUCGAGGAUAUCCAUAGAUUGGCGAUGUUACUGCCCAAAAGCUUUGACUGUUUCAAAAUACACGUUCGAUUCUGACGCAAGCGAACGUCGUUAUUUUUCUAGACAUGAUCAGCUCACCCAUGUUAACUAGCAGUUACUUGGGAACAGGACACUGACUCACUGAGGCAUUAAAUUUUUAAAAACUCUCUUUUUUAUGUUUUGUGCGAGCGCGAGGCAUUGUGGGAUUCGCAAAAUGAUAAAUUAGUCAUUACCGUUCAUUCAUUAAUUUAGAGCCCAAUCGUCUAGAUGUCUAACUACCAAGUCAAGGUAAGGCCAUUGAAUCAUAAGUAUAAGAAUCAAACAUUUUAAGAAUCAAACCAAGACUAUCAACUUUGCAAUUCUAUAUCAUCUCAGAAAAAGCAGAUAUUAGUUGUAAAUAUUGUUAGUUUUGCCACCAUUCAAGAUGGCGGCUUGCCUCACUCAGUAUAUAAUUUCGGCGAAGUCUGAUAUCUAGUAGAUUGGGUUCUAGGUUAUUGCAUUCAUUAGCUACACUAUUGAAUGGUCUUACCAAUAGCCUCAUUUUUGAGUCCAGAAUGGCUUUAGGAGCAAGAUAAAUUGUCGUGUUGGAAAAACCUAAUGAAGUUAAAAAUAAAGAGUGGAAAGGCUAUAUCAUUUCCAUGUUAAUCAAACAUACAUAUAACAUAUAUCAAACAUACAUAUAACAUAUAUCAAACAUACAUAUAACAUAUCAUACAUGUAAUAUAUAUUGUACAUAUAUCGAAUGAAAUUGCAUUUUUCCAUUGUCAUUUAAAAAAAAGCAAGUCAAGCAGCGUUUUUUCUCUGUGUUGUACUGUCCGUACGCCAGUACUUUCAGAUUGUUAGUGAAAUGAGAAACCUUGCAUUGGAAAGCUAAAGAGCUCUUCUCUAUUUCAAAGUAAAAAUAUAAGUGUAAAACACAAUAUCGAAUGCACGAUGUCAAAUUAAAGUACGAUGCACUUUUUUAAUGCACACUGUAGAUAAAGUCAGGUAAAUCAUAUGUAUUCAAUAAAACAUAAAAUUCAUA